CCACCAUCCUUGGAAUUUUGGGUUUUUUGGAAGAGAAAAACACAUGUGUGUGUCGCCACAGUGUUUUGGUUUUUCUCGGCCGCCCAAGUAGACGGCGCGUAGUUUUUCAUUUUGACGGGAGUUUUACUUUCGGUCGUCGCCUUACACUCAUUUCUAAUUGUGAUUCGUAGGAAGUAAGUUGUCUAGUGCUAUAUAUAUAUUCAAGUAAAAUUGUUUUAAAUCGGAACACACAACAAUAAUAUACAAGCAAACACCACCAAAUAUCGGAAAAGAAAGAAGAGCAAAUAAUUAAAUUACAAUAGAAACCAAGAGAAUAUCACGCAAAAUCCCAUCAUCCCAUCGUCUUUGGUCUUCUGGUUCUUGUUCAUCACCAACGUUAUCGAUAUUGAUAUUAAAUAGUCUGUGGAUAUUAAGAUACUUAUAUACAAACGCAUCGUAUCUGGGAUAAACGUUUACCACAAGGAAUAUUAAUGAUACGCAACGGCUGUAACUGUAAAUUGUGUCCCCUCUCACGUAAGACGUAACGUAAGGCAGCCUGUGGAAACGACGUAUAGUUUUGACGCAAUCAGAAAAAUCUCUACGGAGGACGCAGCUAACGCAAGAAGUACAGCCAACUGUAUACAUGCGUGCUACAAGUAAACCAGUGAAAGACAUCUCAAUAGCCCCAGCCGUCGCAUAACCGUCACCCAAUCCAAUCCGAUCCGAUCCGAUUUGAUUCGUUUUGAGCUGAUCUAAUACAACCUCCGCCGUACCCAAAAACAAUAUAAAUUGCAAAACACCGGAGCCGCUCGAUCCAGCGAACGGCAGCGACAAGAAGUUUUUCGGCCAGCGCGCACCCCCAAUCUCCAGAAACAGCCUCAAGAUUCUGCCCUUCGGAGCACCCAACUUUCGUCUGGAGACGACACCCGCAGAGAUGCACAAGAUAGCAGCAGCGCCGCCUCCAUCGGUAACGCCCGGCGGAGGACUGGAGACGCCCCUGGCGGCGCCCAAAUACGGCACACUAAUACCCAAUCGCAUCUUUGUGGGUGGCAUCAGCGGCGAUACCACCGAGGCCGAUUUAACCCGCGUCUUCAGCGCCUAUGGCACGGUAAAGAGCACCAAAAUCAUCGUGGAUCGAGCAGGCGUGAGCAAGGGCUACGGAUUCGUCACCUUCGAGACGGAGCAGGAGGCGCAAAGACUGCAAGCGGAUGGUGAAUGCGUGGUACUACGAGAUCGGAAGCUGAACAUUGCACCGGCCAUCAAAAAGCAGCCCAAUCCUCUGCAGUCAAUUGUGGCCACAAACGGAGCCGUCUACUAUACCACCACGCCGCCAGCACCGAUCAGCAAUAUACCUAUGGAUCAGUUCGCAGCCGCUGUUUAUCCGCCAGUUACUGACUUUACAGCCGCUGGAGUGCCAGCCAUCUACCCACCUUCAGCCAUGCAAUAUCAGCCAUUCUAUCAGUACUACAGUGUGCCAAUGAAUGUACCCACCAUCUGGCCUCAGAAUUACCAAGGUUAAAUCCGAAAAAAAAAAGAAAAACAAAGUAAACAAAUUUUCGUAGUCGCCAAUUUUUCGUUGAGAGCUGCCCUGAAUAAUAAAAUCAUACCAACAACUAAACUGCAACAACCACAACUGCAACGACAACUACAAACUACAAAAAUCUGCGACAACAACAACUACAACAACAAUACCACGCUAUAUGCUAUAUAUGUAUGCCCCUCAACUCUGAUCGAACUGCAGCAGCAGUCGCACUCUUAGUUUAUAAUUUUAGUUGAUUACGAUUAUGUUAAUAUGCCUAUGGUUUAAUUUAAUUUAUGCUAAGUUCGGAGCUUUAGUUUUGGCCACACACACUAAAAAUAUGUAUGUACAUGUAAUGUAAAUUAGUUGAAUGCCAUAGCGAGGGAAAAACUAAAUUUAUAUUAUUUAAUCUUCGAUUUCUUUUGAUUGGACUCAUUUUAUUUUUCGGUUUUGCUUGCUGUAAAUAGCAGAGAAUGAAUGUAAAUAGUAGUAGUUGGCACAAUCACUUUGCUUAUAUAUAAUAGUAUAUAACAAAUACCGAUAUAAAUCAUAUAAAUUACUAGGCAUAUGUAUGAAGUUUUUGCCAACAUUUUUUCGAUUAUUUUGUAGGAAUUUAUCCAUGUUAACUUUGAGGAUGCAACAGCAACAGCAACAAUAGUGAUGCUACUACUACUACUACUACUACCAAAACAAGAACAACAACAACAAACAUGCAACAAAGAGCCACAGCAACAAAAGUAAACUACAAAGCAUAAAUAGAAUUUAUAUAAGCUGAGACACAGAAAUACACGCACCACAGCUGCAAUUUCGGAAAUGUUUAGUCAAAGGAAAUCGUAUAUUGAAGGUAGAAGCUCUGGAAGGACACUCACCCACACAAGCACACACACCUAUACGCAUACAUACAUAUAGAGCGCAAGGAAACCAUUGCAAAAUGCUGUAAAGUAAGCUUCUUAUGUUAUUAGGGAUUUUGCCAGUGUGGCAGUUUGAGUGAGUGUGAUGAGUGAGGGGGGAUAAAAUUUUGGUAGAGGAAACAUUUAUGAUGUGCAAUUAGCGGUGGAGCAGGGGAGGGGUAGCGGGGGAAAGGGCUAUAACCAUAGGGACGUCGACAGGACUGCAGUGUGUGUGGAAAGUCAGCAAGUGAAAGACAGAAAAAUAUAUAUGUAGAACUAGAGCCAGAGGAGGAGAACUUAAAACCAUAUUUAAACUAUACUAUAUAGGAAACAUCAUGCUAAACAUACAAAACUGGAUAAUUCAGAUGCAGCAGAUGAUGUGGAAAGCACUCACACUCAAACCAACAAACACCCACAUACACACACACACGUGCAGGACGAACGCACUUAUAAAUAUACUAUAUAGGGAAUAAACAAGCAAAAUUGCAUAACACACACAUAUACUAUAUAUGGUAGCUAAGAAAGCGGGGCAGCGAUCGAAGAUUAAAGACAUAAUAUUAUGCAUAAAUUAAUUUAUAUACAUAUAUACAAUACAUAUAAAGCGUAAAGUAACUGUAACUCGUAACUGUAACUGUAACUGUCCCACACAGACACAUACAGCAAUACAAAGCAAAAAGAUGAAUAAGCAAAGGAGACGACAAAGUCAAGCAGCAAAGCAAGCACACACUAAAACUCUUACACACACACACACAGACGCACACCCACGAGUCCUGGGCGGAAAGUCAAGGAUAACUUAUGAAAAUUCCCUUAACUUUCCGAUCAGUAUUCGUUUAAAAGGAAAUGAAAACCUAACUUGUAAGCCAAGCAAAAGAAAACUGAACGAAAUUUUAGUCUAAAUGAAAAUACUAAUGGAGGACAAGUAAAAAUCAUGAAAUCUAGCCACAUAAGCCAAGCAAAAAGUGAACUAAAUACAAAAAAAGAAAAAAACAAAAAUCACUACAAUAAAGAUAUUCAAAAUAUGCUAGCUAAAAAGGCGAAAAAAAUACACACAACUCCCGACUAUUAUAAACGGGAGGCAUAUAUUAGAGAGACUAUUAAAGGAAAGCUAAACUCAAAGCGCUAGCGAAAAGAAAAUAGAUAAAAAAAAAACUCAAGCAAUACAUAGACACUCAUAGGUGUGUGUUACACAAGAAUAUAGUUAAAUAUAUACGAAAUGCAAGCAAACGUAAAAUAAAAUAAUAAUUUAAUAAACUAAUGUACAAGCGAAAAUCAAGCAAAACAAGCUCUGCGUAAAUGUUGAUUUAUUAUUUCUGUUUUUCUACACUCACUUAAGAUUUUGUUGUAUCUAUUGUUAUGAUGAUGGCAUCAAAACUAAUCAAAAACACGAACGAGAAAAGCGAGAUGUGUUAACCAAAAUUAUUUAAAGUAAUACGAACGCGAUGGCCAAACAUUUGCGGGGACAGCCGGCGACCUGCGAGCGAAUUCCAUUCAAAAUUGGUGCAUAAUUUGGCUGAAAUAUGAAAAUUCGAGAUAAAUAUUUACAUAUACGUGUAUGCCUUAUUGAACGAAACUAAAUUAUUUGCCCACUAAAUACUGUUAUCGUAUUUUAAUAAACCAACCCAGAGGUUUCAAAAAUACCUGCUAAAACAGAUGUCGCCGAGGUCGCCCACAUUCAAAGCCCCAAACAAAAAAAUAAAAACAAUUUGGUUGAGACUCGCUGCCGCCGCAAAUGGACUUCGCUGCGAAGUUGUUGACAAAUUUUUACUAAAUUGUUAAAUAGUUAAAUACAAAACAUUUUUAAAUCGAAUCGUAACAAUAAUUAGACAUGAAAAAUUACUCUUUGUUGAAACGAAGCAACACAAAAUGUAAUGUAAUGAAAUGGAAAGCAAUAAUUCACUUAGGCAUGCUCUAGUUAAAAACUAAAACUGAAAUCAAGUCGAAGAAGCAACAUAGAAACCACCAACCAACAGUACUUACAUGUAUGUCAGUCAAUAGGGAUUUUAUUUAGUUCGAAGUCCCGGAUUCAAGCACUGGGAUCAUCCAUCUAUCAUCCAGUCCCAGUUGAAUCCAAAUUGCUGGGUGGGAUGUGAGGCCUAAUUUCGAAAUGAGUUCUUCAUUCACUCUUUUCAACCAGUCAUCCCAGCAAUUUAAUCUUCCGCAGACUAAGCAGACACACAGAACCGAUCAUAACUAAUAAAUCCAAGGCAUAACUUAAGUAUAUACGUGAUAUUUUGAAAGCGAAAAUUCAUAAAUAAAUUGUUUAGGUUUAAAACAAUAUUAAAUAUAUUAUACAGAUAUAUACAUAUAUACAUUAUAAAGAUAAUGCCAAGGCAUAAUUAAAACCAUAACGAUUAAUUAAUUAAAGAACGAAUGAACAUUUUUGCUGACAAACAAAAAAGAAAACAAAGAAAAGGAAAACCAAAAGAAAAACAAACAACUGAGAUGAGUAAAAUGUUUGUAAACUCAAUUUAUUGUACGACUUGAAUGAAGGAGAGCGAAAAGAAGUUCUUAAGUUUUACUGAACAGCAGCAAAGAGCAGAGAGCAGAUUGUCCCAUCGUAAAAAUCUAUUUAGUUUAUAUAUAGUGAAUAUUUAUAUUAUAUAUACAUAUAUAUAUUAAAUGAACAAAUGGCAAGUAACAAACAAACCAACAAAAAAGAAAUAGCAAUUAGACGAACGUAAAAGGAAAGUGAAAAAUUAUAUAUAUAUACAAUACAUAUAUAUAUGAUAUAUCAUAGCGCAAAGAAUAAUAUAUAUUUUAAUGGAGGAACAUCAACUGAUUAAGUGCAGCUCAACUAAGAGCACAAAAUGUUUUUAGACUAAGUACCUACCUACCUAAAUGAAUUCAUCAAUUGCAUAAUAUACAAAAGAUAGGCGAGAACGCUGAAAAUGCGCCAUGCCCAGAGAAGGGAAAUAAGAUUCUACUUCUACGGAAUCUAAUUUGUAUAAUUAUAUAUAAACGUGCAUAUGACGAGGAUAAUGCCCCAUGAUCAUCACAAAAACCAAUUAAACAAAAACGAAGCAUAUUUAACCACAUACAACAACCACACACCCACACACACACUAUACUACCUAUAUAUAUAUAUAUAGAAAUGAGAAAGAAGAAAAGAACGCAUAAAUAGCAAUAACAAUAAAGCAACAGCUACUUAAUAAUUUUAGCAAAAUGCAAAAAAAAAUAUGAAUAGCAAAAUA